CUCAGUGAUUGAUUCCGUGUUGAUCGGGGACCGGUUCUUGGACGCUCUUGAGCGUGUUUUGAUUUGUUUUAGAUAUUAAGGUCACUGUACUGUUUAUGGUGUGUCCACUUCAGCUUUUGCUUUGCGUUUCUUUUUUUUUUUUUUUCUGCGUCUCGCUUUAUUGCUGCCAUUUCACGCUUUUUUAUUUUAAUUUUUUUUUCUCUCUCGUUUUCUUUGCUCGUUAAUUCGAGCUGCGUUAAUUUUCUUCCAUCUCUUGAUAAGAGGUGGAUUUAUGUAGGUCGGUGAACCCUAGAAUUUAGGCUUCGUGGAUUCUUGCGCUUCGUUUCCUUGUCUGCUGGUUGCUUGUACUGUGAGGAUAUGCAUGCAUAGCUGUGGAAGAUCAUUUGCAAGGUGGUUUUAAUACUGUCACUGAGUUCAUGGGAUCGUACAUUCACAUUGACUCGAUCUCUAUAGAUCUUGCCGAUUCUAUUGGCAAGAGAGAUGCAGGCAAAUGUGAACAUUUCUCAAUACGUGGAUACGUGUCUGAAAUUCGCAAAAAAGACUGGAAAAUUUGUUGGCCAUUUCCAGUACACGAGUCUGACAAACAAUCAUCCCUUCUGCCAUUAGAUGUUCCAAAAUAUAGUUGUCAACGUUGUCACAAGUCUCCACAAGAAACUGCUGCCAAGGACAUCCAGAAAGACGACCAAACAGACUUUGGAUGUUACAGUACUGGAUGCAGAUCUGGUAGCAAUGCAGCUCCCAAGUCUGAUGUUCUGCAAGAUGCAAUGCUUGACAAUCUUGAGAGAAGAGAAAUUGAUCUUAAUACUACUCUGAGCUGUGUCAAUGAUUACUUACCAACUAGUAAUGAGAAGAAAGCUGGAGUUGUACCUAGCAGAAUAAUUGACCUUGAGAUUGGCUUGGAGGAUAAUCUCAAUCACCUAGUAGCUAGUGUUCCAUCACCUAAAAUUUAUCCAGACCUUGCACCGGAAGUGCACACUACUAAAAGAGGCUGUGAAAGUAAUGAGGUUUCUUAUCCUGACCAUGCUAGCAAUCUGAAAUGCAUGGAGAAGAGUUCUGCUGAGAUGUGUAAUGGAGGAACACCAGCAGAUAACCAAUGCCAGAAAGAUUUCAUAAAAGCUUGCACAGUUUUGGGUAAAGGAACAACAGUAAUGGAGGUCGGAAAUACAUAUGAUCAGACAAUUGGACCUCCUCUUGAAUCAGUUGCUUGUAAUCAUGCUGUACCUGCAGGAAGUAUGGACAAUACAACUGAAAAUGAUUCUCAGGAUCAUCAUUCAGAAAAGUCCACUGGUUUGUCUCGUAGGAGACCUCGGAAGGUGCGCUUGAUGGCUGAUUUAUUAAGUGACAAUGGUGAAUCAAAGACUGAGCAAAGCUCUAUACAAGAAUCUGUAUCCCAUGGUACUUCCAAUGCCUCUGCAGCUCCACAGGCACACCCAACUUUGCCAGGAAAUUUUGAUAUUCAAGGAGGUUUGACUUUGACAAGCACAGGUCCAAGUAGAAAAAGGAAGUUUCCUCUGGAUGAGGUACGGAGAACUGCAAGCAUGUGUUUUCAGGGAGCCGAAAAUGAAGUUCAGAACUCAGAGGGAGAUGCAAAAAAAACAGAUACUGUUUUGGAUACUAGAUCCCAUUCCAAAGAUGUACCUGCUGGAUCAGGUUUACAAGAUGCCACAAAGGGCCACUGGAGUAAAUCCGAAACUGAUAGAAGUCAUAUCAUGAUGGGUAAGAAGAAGAACAAAAAGAUUCAUGUAGAUAAUUGCUCGAUUCCUGUGCAACCAAAAGGACAACAAAGAGAAAAUGAAGACACCACGGAUACUACAGACAAGGCAUAUGCAUCUAAAACAUAUUCUUCUAGAUUAACUCCUCGUGCAUUUGAAGGGAAAGGGAUGGAUAAUUUUCCCCACCACACCCUAAGAAUAGAAAAUGAGUUCAAUUUGUCCAAAGGAAAGGGGAAAAUGCUGCAAACUGAGGCAGAGAUGGAUUCUUUAUUAUGGCAGAAAAAUAACACGGUUCUACAAGAUUCCUGUGCAUAUUCAGGGGAAAAAGCUAGGUCUAGUAUGCCGAUAACAAAUCCAAUUCCUUCAGUCCAAGGGGUGCUAAAUGGAAAAGGACCAGAAAAAGGACUGCAUCUUUCUAUAAACAAUUUAUUGGUGGAAGCUCAUGUUUACAACAACAAAAAAUGUAUCCAUCAAAUUGAAAAUCACCUACCUUUUAAAAUGCCUUUUCAAGAUGGAACAUCAAAAGUACCGCAGCUUAAUUGGAAAGACAGUGAUACCAAUGUUUUUGGAGGGCAAAACAUUCCUUCCAAACACCCAACAAAUGCUCUUUCUGGAAAAGGAGUUCAUUGUGAAGAAAUUCAUGGUGCAAGAAACACACAAAAAACUAUUGAAGCUGUGGACCAACUAGGUUUUAUGAAAAGAUACAGUGAACAAACAGUGGAGGUGUCUGAGCAGGGAACACUGGACGAUAUUCCCAUGGAAAUUGUGGAACUCUUGGCAAAGAAUCAAUAUGAGAGGUGUCUUCCUGAUGUAGAAAAUAGAAGCGCCACAUUAGAAAAGUCCACUCUUGGAAGGAAAGCACCGAUGACAGGUGGCUCUACUGUACACGGAAAAGGGGAGAUGAGCUUGUUAAAAGAGGACCAAAAGGAGAAACCUCAGGGAAGACCCAAGAAAAACAACACGGUCUCAAGAGGAGAGAAUGUGAAGCUUAGCAAAAGAAAACCAGUUCAUUACUUUUCUCCAUUAAAUGGAAACAAUUUGGGCAUGAAUAAUCUAUGUCCACCUCAAUCCCCCUUUGGGUUUGAAGUUUCCCAGUCCCAAAAGAAGCCAUCAAGUGGAUUCCAGUUUUCACCUGUGGGUUCUAGUCAUCUUGGUAGUGCUCGAAAUUGCAGGUUGAACGGGAGUUUUGAAGAGCGUGGAUCCCCUAAUGCUACUUUUCAAGCCCCAGGAGGAUGUAGCUUACACAAGAAUAUCUUACAUCAGGAUGAUGAAGCUUCUCGCAUCUGGGCAUCCUUGACCACAAAUCAUGUUUCCCUAGGAUAUGAUUUACCCAAAAAGGCUGUUUCUUCUCAGCUUCCAAUUAGUAACAUAGACAUAGCAUCACUCCAAUCUGGUGCAUUUCAUAAGCAAAACAUGAAGAGGGAUAUUGAUCUUAACUACAUGAAUCUGAAUGCUGCUGGACUAGAAAAGCUUAGUAGGAAUACAGGUCCAGAAACCUUCAGCAGGAUGAAUGGAGAAUAUUCAUUUCCUUGCAAACAUAGCGGAAUGGAGCCUCAUCAAAAUUUGAGGGGAUCUCUUGAUUUGUAUUCUAAUGAGACAAUACCAGCCAUGCAUUUACUCAGCCUUAUGGAUGCAGGUAUGCAGUCGUCCCGUACAUCCUAUGAUGUGGGUGUCAGUGCUCAAAUGCUUAAAAGACCCUCCUAUCCAGGUGAUUGCAACACUAAGUUGGAGAUUGGUACGUCUAAGCCCCCUGGUACCAUGAAAAGGAUAUCAUCUGAUUAUUAUAGCAGAAAUUUCUUAUCAGAUAAACCGCAUGGCUGUUUUGUUGGCUCUCCAACCUUUGGUGCAUCCUCAUCAACUCCGCACGAUAAGAAAGUUAUAGCUACUGGUUUCAAUGGUCAGAAUCCAACGAAGACUGGAAAGAAAGAAAAAAUAAAGAGCUCCAACUCUACCCUGCAGAAUAGUGUCAGUAAGCAAAUUAGUUGGCCACAUAUUGAAACAGAAACAUCACUGCAGCGCAGAUUGCAAGCAUCAGUGCCAUAUAAAAUCAUCUCUGGAAACUCAUGUAUGGUGAACAGGAAUCCAGCUGAUCUCACCAUACCAGAAACAGGGAAUAUCUAUAUGAUCAGAGGAGAAGAUCUGAAAUUCGAGAAGAGUAUUCCCAAAAACAGGCCACGCGUCCCCAUUUCAUUUGGAUACAAGCAGCAGAGGAAUUUUAAGGGAACUAAAAUGAAAGAACAUUCAAAACAUUGAAACCCUUCAUUGUUCCAUAAUCUGGUGAAGUAUUUUCAUGCAACCUGAGAAUGCAAAAUGACAUUCAUUCUCAGCGUAGAAGCAGACUUUUGACUUGGAAACUGAAACUCGUUGACUCGGGGAGGGAUUGAUCGGAUGCCCUUUCGAAAGCUGAGUGAUACAUAAGUCAGACACAGAAGGCCAUUGUGCACGUAUUUAAUGAACUUGUUGUAAUUAGUAUUAAUGUGAGCAAAAAAAUGUUUUCGUCUAUCAUGUUGGUGUCGUUAAAUUUAUGGGGAAGCAUCGGGAUAGCUCCUUAAAAGUAUUAGUUUGGUGUCAUAAAAGUUUACGGGGAAGUCUCAAAAUAGCCCCGUAUAGACUUAAAAUACCGUGGUUACAAUUCAUACAAGUGCCAAAACCAAGGUGAAAGAUAUAGUUUGUUGCUAAGAUGUGAGUUCCUUUCUACAGAACAUAUAAUUUAGAUAUUGACAUUUUAUAUUCCAUUA